GGAGCGCCUGCGCGGUGACGUGGACGUCUCGUGCGCGCGCAGGCUCUUCAGCUGGAGCGGACACACGGUGUGCGAACGGAACAAAAUAACCCGCCCCCGGCGGGAUGUGAAGGACUCCGGGUGAGGCCCGCCACGCCCCGCACGGCUGAGAAGGCCAUUGUGACUAUGUGGUGACUACAGUUAUACAGGUUUCCCACUGGAAUCAUGGAGGAGAAACAGCAGAUUAUAUUGGCUAGUCAAGAUGGUGGGACAGUGGCAGGAGCAGCACCUACCUUCUUUGUCAUCCUAAAACAAGCAGGAAAUGGCAAAACAGAUCAAGGAAUUUUGGUUACUAAUAGGGAUGCUUGUGCUUUGGCUACCAGUGUGUCAUCCCCAGGAAAAUCUACAGGGAAGAUUUGCCUGCCAGCUGAUUGUACUGUGGGAGGAAUCACUGUCACCUUGGAUAACAAUAGUAUGUGGAAUGAAUUCUAUCAUCGAAGUACAGAGAUGAUUCUGACCAAGCAGGGAAGACGCAUGUUUCCUUACUGUCGUUAUUGGAUCACAGGUUUAGACUCAAAUAAGAAGUAUAUCCUUGUCAUGGAUAUAUCUCCUGUGGAUAACCAUCGUUAUAAGUGGAACGGUCGCUGGUGGGAACCCAGUGGGAAGGCAGAGCCUCAUGUUUUAGGGAGGGUUUUUAUUCAUCCAGAAUCUCCAUCCACAGGCCAUUAUUGGAUGCACCAACCAGUAUCUUUCUAUAAACUGAAACUUACCAACAAUACACUGGACCAAGAAGGGCAUAUUAUCUUGCACUCUAUGCAUCGAUACCUGCCAAGGCUUCAUUUGGUACCUGCAGAAAAGGCUACUGAAGUGAUACAGUUAAAUGGCCCUGGUGUCCACACAUUUACCUUCCCACAGACUGAAUUCUUUGCAGUAACAGCUUAUCAGAACAUACAGAUUACUCAGCUGAAAAUAGAUUACAAUCCAUUUGCUAAAGGCUUCAGGGAUGAUGGGCUGAAUAGUAAGCCCCAGAGAGAUGGCAAGCAAAAAAACAGCUCUGACCAAGAAGGUAAUAGUGUUCCCAGUUCACCUGGUCAACGGGCCCGUCUCCCAGAAGGUGAAGGGUCAGAGAUACAGCUUACUGAUUCAGAUCCUUUAUCUAGGGGUCAUGAGACAUCAGGCAAGGGUUUGGAGAAGCCUUUCCUUAAUAUAAAUCAAGACUUUCUUGGUUUCAUGGAUAUUGAUUCAUCACUUGGGGAAGUUACUCAGUUUAAACAAGAGGUCUCUGAAAGACAUGUUGCCAACAAUUUUGAAGAUAGUACCCAUGUAGCAUCACCAGUAGAUCCAAAUGGAAACUUCAAUGUUGUCAUUAAAGAGGAACCUCUAGAUGAUUACGACUAUGACCUUGGUGAGUUUACAGAAGGGGUCACUGUGAAGCAAGAAGAGACGGAUGAGGAAACAGAUGUAUACUCAAACAGUGAUGAUGAUCCUAUACUAGAGAAACAGCUAAAGAGGCACAAUAAAGUUGAUAACCUAGAAGUUGACCAUCUGUCUUCUAAAUGUCUACCAAAUAGCCCAUCAGGUGUUGCUAAAGCUAAAACGUUCAAAUUAGACGCUGGAAAGAUGCCAGUAGUUUGUCUGGAGCCCUGUACCGUCACCAAAAACACAGUGAAGAUUUCUGAGCUCCCUGAUAACAUGCUUUCUACAUCUCGGAAGGAUAAAUCUAUGUUGACAGAAUUAGACUAUUUGCCUACAUACAGUGAAAAUUCCAAUGAGGCUGGCUUCUGUUUAGACAAGGAAUCAGAAAAUGAUCUAAGAAAAUAUUCACCAGAUCUCAGAGUGGUACAAAAAUAUCCUUUACUUAAAGAGCCUCAAUGGAAAUAUCCUGAUAUUUCUGACUGCAUGAAUACAGAAAGGAUACUUGACAGUUCAAAGAGUCCAGCUGGGGACUCAUUUUUAGCAAAAGAGGACUUGGGCAGAAAGAAAACAACUAUGCUUAAGAUUUCCGCAGCUUCCAAAACCGUGAAUACUAAUCAGAAUGCUCCUACAAAUGUCAGUGGUAAAAGAGGAAGGCCACGAAAAUUGAAACUUUCUAAGGCAGGACGACCACCUAAAAACACAGGAAAAUCUUUAACUUCUACAAAGAGCAUUCCUAUGGGCCCUGGGAGUACCUUUCCAGAAGUGAAGCCUGAUCUGGAAGAUGUGGAUGGUGUUCUCUUUGUUUCCUUUGAAUCAAAGGAAGCUCUAGACAUUCAUGCAGUUGAUGGGACAACAGAAGAGCCCGGUAGUCUUCAGGCAUCAACCACAAAUGACCCAGGUUGUAGAGCAAGAAUUUCCCAGUUGGAAAAAGAAUUGAUAGAAGAUUUGAAAGCCUUGAGGCAUAAGCAAGUGAUACAUCCUGGUCUUCAAGAAGUGGGCUUAAAAUUGAAUUCAGUGGAUCCUACAAUGAGUAUUGAUCUUAAAUACUUGGGAGUACAGCUACCUUUGGCUCCAGCCACUAGCUUUCCUUUCUGGAACCUUACAGGAACCAACCCUGCUUCUCCUGAUGCUGGAUUUCCCUUUGUAUCUAGAACAGGAAAGACCAAUGACUUCACCAAGAUAAAGGGAUGGAGGGGAAAGUUUCAUGGAGCUUCUGCAUCUAGGAAUGAAGGUGGAAAUUCAGAAGGUCCACUGAAAAACCGUUCUGCUUUCUGCAGUGAUAAGCUGGAUGAAUACUUGGAAAACGAAGGCAAGCUGAUGGAAACAAGCAUGGGUUUCUCUUCUAAUGCUCCCACAUCUCCUGUUGUAUACCAGCUUCCCACUAAGAGUACAAGCUACGUACGAACACUUGAUAGUGUACUAAAGAAGCAAUCAACCCCUUCCCCUUCUACCUCUUAUUCUAUAAAGCCUCAUUCUGUAUCACCUGCAUCUCGAAAGGCAAAGUCUCAAAACAAACAGGCAACUUGCAGUGGACGAAGCAAAUCAUCUUAUAAAUCCAUUUUGCCACACCCUGCGUCACUAAAGCAGAAGCACACUCAUACUGUUCCAGGAGACAAGGUUAGCAAGAAUUCUUCAGGCACCAACUCAGAAAAUCAGGAGAAUAACUUUGUUGUGCCAACUUUAGAUGAAAAUACAUUCCCAAAGCAAAUUAAUUUGCGACAGGCACACCACCAGCAGCCGCAGCCACAGGGAACUCGCCCUCCAGGCUUGUCUAAGUCUCAAAUGAAGCUAAUGGACCUGGAAGACUGUGCCCUUUGGGAAGGAAAACCAAGGACCUAUAUCACCGCAGAGCGAGCAGAUGUGUCUUUAACAACUCUGCUUACAGCUCAAGCAUCUCUCAAAACUAAACCCAUCCACACAAUCAUAAGGAAGCGGGCGCCUCCAUGCAACAAUGAUUUUUGUCGAUUGGGUUGCAUAUGUUCCAGUCUAGCUUUGGAGAAGCGCCAGCCUGCUCACUGCCGCCGACCAGACUGCAUGUUUGGCUGCACUUGUUUGAAAAGAAAAGUUGUCCUUGUAAAAGGGGGAUCCAAAACUAAGCAUUUGCAGAGGAAGACUGCUCAUCAUGAUACAGUAUGUUAUGAUACUUUGGGAGAUGAGCAAAGGGAAGAAGUGGAGGGAGUCAAAGAGGAGGAAGAACAAUUAAAAGAGAAAAAGAAGAGAAAGAAGCUGGAAUACACUAUAUGUGAGACAGAGCCUGAACAGCCUGUUCGACAUUAUCCAUUAUGGGUGAAGGUAGAAGGUGAAGUAGAUCCAGAACCAGUUUAUAUCCCGACGCCUUCUGUCAUUGAGCCUACAAAACCAUUGUUGUUGCCUCAGCCAGAAGUUUCAUCUACUACUGUGAAGGGCAAACUGCUCACUGGAAUUAAACCUGCACGGACAUAUACUCCCAAACCUAAUCCUGUGAUUCGGGAAGAAGACAAGGAUCCCGUCUACUUGUACUUUGAAAGUAUGAUGACUUGUGCCCGAGUUCGAGUUUAUGAACGAAAAAAAGAGGAACAGAGACAGCCGUCACCAUCCCCAUCCCCAUCAUUUCUGCAGCUCAGCUCAUGUCAUUCUAGUCCUGAGAACUGUAGUGCAAAGGAGCCCGAUGCUGAACAACAGCCCUCGAAACCAAUUACCUGUGACCUCGAGGAUGAUUCUGAUAAAUCACAAGAAAAGAGCUGGAAGUCUUCCUGCAAUGAAGGGGAAUCCUCUUCUACCUCCUAUGUGCAUCAGAGGUCACCUGGUGGUCCCACCAAACUGAUAGAAAUCAUCUCAGACUGCAACUGGGAGGAGGAUCGGAACAAGAUAUUGAGCAUCUUAUCCCAGCACAUCAAUAGCAACAUGCCACAGUCACUUAAGGUGGGCAGCUUCAUCAUUGAGUUGGCUUCUCAGCGAAAGAGCCGGGGUGAGAAGAGCCCCCCUGUUUAUUCUUCUCGUGUGAAAAUCUCUAUGCCAUCAUGUCAAGACCAAGAUGAUAUGGCUGAGAAAUCUGGAUCAGAGACUCCUGAUGGUCCAUUAUCCCCUGGGAAAAUGGAUGAUAUCUCUCCUGUGCAGACAGAUGCCCUGGAUUCAGUGAGGGAGAGAUUACAUGGAGGCAAAGGUCUGCCCUUUUAUGCAGGGCUUUCUCCUGCAGGGAAACUUGUGGCCUAUAAACGUAAACCCAGUUCAAGCACAUCUGGGCUUAUCCAGGUAGCAUCCAAUGCCAAGGUGGCUGCAUCCAGGAAACCACGUACCCUGUUGCCUUCAACAUCCAAUUCCAAAAUGGCAUCCUCCUCUGGCACUGCAACAAAUCACCCUGGGAAGAAUCUGAAGGCAUUUGUCCCGGCAAAAAGGCCAAUUGCGGCACGACCCUCUCCUGGUGGUGUGUUCACACAGUUUGUGAUGAGUAAAGUUGGAGCCCUGCAGCAGAAGAUACCCGGAGUUAGCACACCCCAACCCCUGACAGGGCCACAGAAGUUCAGUAUCAGACCUUCUCCAGUAAUGGUCGUCACACCUGUGGUUUCUUCUGAGGUGUGCAGCCCUGUGACUGCUGCUGUCACUACUACCACCCCUCAAGUGUUUUUAGAGAAUGUUACUGCUGUGACACCUAAGACUGCUAUGUCUGACAUGGGAACUAAAGAAACUACUUGUCCUUCUGGUGCCACCACUGCGGGUGUUGUUGAGGUCUCUGAAACUAAUACCAGCACCCCUGUAACAUCUACCCAAUCUACAGGCACUGUGAACCUUAUCAAAACAACUGGGAUAACUUCCCCUGUGGCUUCAGUUGCUUUUCCUAAGUCUUUGGUGGCAUCUCCUCCAACCAUAACUCUUCCUGUUACUUCCACUGCUUCCACCUCCAUAGUCGUGGUGACCACAGCUACAUCUUCCUCCGUGGUGACCACACCAACUUCAUCCCUUGGCUCUGUUCCCAUUAUACUCUCAGGAAUUGAUGGGAGUCCACCAGUGAGCCAGAGACCAGAAAAUGCUCCUCAAAUUUCAGUGGCUACGCCACAGGUUUCUCCUAACCCAGUGAAACGUGCUGGACCUCGAUUGUUAUUGAUUCCAGUGCAGCAGGGUUCUCCUAAUCUUAGACCUGUCUCAAACACACAACUUCCAGGACACCGGAUGGUCUUGCAGCCUAUUAGGAGCCCAAGUGGAAUGAACCUAUUCAGACACCCUAAUGGGCAGAUUGUUCAGCUCCUCCCUUUGCAUCAGCUUCGAAGCUCUAAUACCCAGCCCAACUUACAGCCUGUUAUGUUUCGUAACCCAGGGUCUGUGGUGGGAAUCCGGUUACCCACUCCUUCUAAGCCUUCAGAGACUCCACCAACUACUGCUUCAUCUUCUGGUUUUUCUGUUAUGAGUCCUGUAAUCCAAGCUGUUGGGUCUUCUCCAGCAGUGAAUGUCAUCACUCAGGCAUCAUCAUUGCUUUCUUCUGGACCUAGUUUUGUGUCUCAGUCUGGUACAUUGACCCUGAGGAUUUCCCCGCCUGAGCCACAAAGCUCAGCAAAUAAGACAGGCUCUGAAACCAAAAUAACCUGUAGCUCAGGAGGGCAGCCUGUUGGUACAGCCAGCCUCGUUCCUCUCCAGUCUGGUAGUUUUGCCUUGUUGCAGCUCCCAGGACAAAAGCCUGUUCCAAGCUCCAUUCUUCAACAUGUUGCUUCUCUUCAGAAGAAGAGAGAAUCCCAGAAUGCAGACCAGAAAGAUGGAACAUGUGUUUUAAAAAGAGAGCAGGAAACUAAGAAAUUGAAGGACCUACAGUCGGACGGAGAAGCUGUAGACUCUGAGGCUAAAGAUGUAAAGCAAAACUUAAGAGCUACUGCCUUAGAAGAAACUCUGAAUGAUUCCUUGGAGGAUGGGGGUAAUCAUUUAGAUGAAGAAUCCCUUAUAGAAGAAGGUCCUGCAACUGAUAAACCUUCUAGGCACUCCUAUAAAACUGUGUCACUCACAAGUGAAGACUAUAAAGAUACUGCUGAAGUUGGGGUUAGGAAUCAUAAUAGUUCUAAAGAAAAACGGACUCUUCUAGAAGUUAAGACCAUUUCCGAAAGAGCCAGUAAUAUAGUCCAAAGUAUAAGUAAUGUGCAGCUUAAAAAACUGGGUAAUGUGAAAGUGGAACAGCAGACAGGAUUAGACAGUUCAGAGGAGAAAUCAAAUAAAUUUCCAGUUAUCUCUAAGGAAGACUGUAAACUUGAAUUAUCAGGGAGCAUAGUUGUGGAGAAGCAUCCAUCUAAUCCACAGGCAGAGGCCAAGGAGAAGGGAAAUGGAGACUUUCUAAUGGACAGUCUUAGGGAGAGAUGGAGAAAACACUUGAAGGGCCCAUUGACCCAGAAAUGUAUUAGAACUUCACAAGAAUGCAAGAAAGAGGCAGAUGAGCAGUUAAUUAAAGAAACAAAGACUUACCAGGAAAAUUUAGAUGUGUUUCAACAAGAACAAUGUGUCUCUGAUUUACUUGGAAAAAGUGAAACUACUGAGAAUACCAGAGUUUUCAAAACUGAAUGUGAUUCUUGGGGUAGGAUUUCUAGUCCUGCAACCUUUGCUAUUAUUCCUAGAAGAGCUACAAAAGGGAGCCGAGGGGAAGGACAUUUUCAAGAUCAUGUACAGCUAUCAAGAGAACAGAUACAACCAAAACAAGAGAAGAAGGGUGGGAGAAGCAGUGCUGACUUCGGUGUCUGGAAUUUGGAAGAAGAUGACGAGGAAGAUGAGAAUGAGAAAACCGAUGAUUCUAUUGAUGAGAUUGUGGAUGUUGUUUCUGACUACCAGAGUGAGGAGGUUGAUGAUGUAGAAAAGGAUAACUGUGUAGAAUUCAUUGAUGAUGAGGAGGAGCAGGUGGACAUUGAGACUGUGGAAGAGCUCUCUGAGGAAAUUAAUGUUGACCACAUGAAGACCACAGCUGCCCACACACAGAGUUUUAAACAGACGUGCCGUACCCAUAUGUCUGCAGACGAAAAAGCUGCUGAAAGAAGUCGAAAGGCUUCACAAUUUAAUGUAAAACUGAAGCCUGAACACUGGAAUGAAAAAUUACAGAAAGAAGCAGAAGCUUUUGCUUAUUAUCGCCAGAUACACACUGCCAAUGAGCCACGCCGGCAUGGUGAAAUGAGGGAUCUCUUUGAGAAAUUGAAGACCACAUUGGGAUUACUUCACUCUUCCAAGGUUUCCAAACGUCUCAUUCUUACUAGGGCAUUCAGUGAAAUUCAAGGACUAACAGAUCAAGCUGACAAGUUGAUAGGACAGAAAAAUCUCCUGACUCGAAAACGAAAUAUUUUGAUACGGAAAGUAUCAUCUCUUUCAGGUAAGACAGAAGAAGUGGUCCUGAAGAAGCUAGAAUAUAUUUAUGCAAAACAGCAAGCACUAGAGGCACAAAAAAGAAAAAAGAAGAUGGGAUCAGAUGAGUUUGAUGUGUCUCCCAGAACUAGCAAACAGCAGGAAGGAUCUUCUGCAUCAUCUGUAGAUCUUGGACAGAUGUUUAUAAAUAACAGGAAGGGGAAACCUUUGAUUCUUUCCAGAAAAAGAGACCAGGCCACAGAAAAUACCUCACCCUCUAACACUCCACAAACCUCUGCCAACAUUGUGAUGACUCUACAAGGGCAGUUGCUCACCUUAAAAGGUCCCCUAUUUUCAGGACCAGUGGUGACUGUUUCUCCUGCUCUAUUGGAAGCAGAUCUGCAGACUCAGCUUGCCAGAAGUGCUGUGGCUCAGUCAGAAAAUGAUGACUUAUUUAUGAUGCCAACAAUUGUUAACGUGACAUCACUGGCCACUGAGGAAGGUUUGGUAGAUACGAGUGGCAGCAAAUAUUCUCAUGAAGUUCCUGGUGGCAAGUCACCUGACCACCUGAAAAAGACUGCCAGGAAUGAAGAUAACUCCUUUGAAGAUUCAGGUAGAAUCUCUUCCAGAGGCAGUCAUAGAGGUGGCAGACUGGCACUGGGUCCAACACAGGGUUUUCUAGCAAAUAAAGAUCCUGGUUUUCCACAAACGGUUGAUAUUUCCAGUGUGCAAGAAGCACAAGAUUUCUUACCCAAAAGGAUUUCUGGCAAUACGAGAGGGAUUCAGUAUAAAUUCAAAGAGAGUGGAUCAAGACGGAAGAGACUGAAGCCAAAGGAGUCUUCAUUUCAUAAAUUAAAAAUGAAAGAUCUGAAAGACUCAAGCAUAGAGAUGGAACUAAGAAAGGCAGCAUCAGCUAUUGAGGAAGCAGCACUGGAUCCCAGCGAACUGCUAACUAACAUGGAAGAUGAGGAUGAUACUGAUGAGACACUGACUUCUCUGCUCAAUGAGAUUGCCUUUCUUAAUCAGCAACUAAAUGAUGAUGUUAGCCUGGUGGAACUGCCCAGCUCUAUGGAUACAGAAUUCCCAGGGGAUGCUCGACAGGCUUUCAUCAGUAAGCAUCCUCCUGGGAACAGAGCAAGUUUCCAGAUUGGCCACUUGGGAACUGGUGUGAAAGAGCUGCCUGAUGUACAAGGAGAGAGUGACUCUGCCAGUCCCCUUCUCUUGCACUUGGAAGAUGAUGACUUUUCUGAGAAUGAAAAACAAAUUGUAGAACCACCGUCUGAGCCAGAUGUCCUUAAGAUUGUUAUUGACUCUGAGAUAAAGGAUUCCCCUCUUCCCCAAAGAAAAGUCAGUGAUGGAGGGAAGAGUACUUCUGGUAUCCCUGCAGAGUCUGAAAAUAUUUCCUCACCCCCCAUUCUACGCAUGAAAGCUGGCCUAGAGAACAACGUUACUGACACUUUGUGGAGGCCUAUGCCAAAGUUGGCACCUCUGGGGUUAAAAGUAGCUAAUCCUUCCAGUGAUGCGGAUUGUCAGAGUCUAAAGGUGAUGCCUAGUUUGGCACCUGUAGCCAAAGUUGGGUCAGUUGGACACAAAAACUUAAUAGGGAAUGACCAGGAAAGCCGGGAGAGCAAGGUGAUGCCUACAUUGGCACCUGUUGCGGUCAAAUUGGGCAACUCGGGGGCCUCAUCAAGUUCUGCAGGGAAAUGAACUUAUAUGUCCUUAGGCAGAAGCCAGGCUGUGAGAGGAAACCUCCUUUCUCUGUUGGCAUCUGUUUGUUUAUGUCAUGGAACUGUAAUCCUUGACUUUGAUGCAGUGGAUAAUGGUGGAGAAAGGGAUAGGUUGCUGACCUUGGUGUAAGAAAUUACUAUUAUGAAAUUCUAAUCAUGUUAAAAUGUGUUACCUCAUUUGUGGUGCUGGGUCUCCUCGUCCUCUCUUAAGAUGUGAUUGAUCCAUUACUGAACAUGAGGUGUUCCUCUCACCUAAGGAAUUCAUAAGAUUCUAGAUCCAUAGUGGUUUUCUAGUUCCCUACGAGAUAAAAAGCUGCUUGAGACUUCAGUCUUGCUGUGGACUGACCUGUAGUUUGAUAGCUAUAUGGUUUAGGUGUGAAAUCCAAGGGAGGUGACGCACUUCUGCAGAAGGAUCCAGAAAAGAGAGUUUUCAGUUGGUGUUUUAAAAGUAGGUGGAGAGGAAUGGGAUAACAUGGAAUACCAAAGUGAAGUACUUUGUGUCAUUCAGCAAAAUACGCUCUUUCAUAUCCCAAAUAACUUCCAUUCCCUCACAUUUUCAGUAAGAAUUUAAUCCAAGUCUUUUGGAAAAUUAGGAAUGCUUUUAACUUUUAUUACUAAGAUGUUAUUCUGAGAUGUUAAAAAACAACACCACCUACUUCUCCCUUACUGUCUUUGGCACUGAAAAGACCAUUUCACAGGACCAGGGAUUUUCACCUGGAAUAUAUAUUUUGGAGGUGGGCAUAGAGGGAGCCCUCCCCAUGUCAUAAAUCAUGUCACUCAGGAGACAACUAAAAUGAAAAGCAUUCCCUCCCGAGACCAGAGACAGUGGCCAAAAUAAAAAGUUGUGGGGCUAGUUAUUUUCCAAAGCAAACCAGCCUCCUGGUGCUUGAAGGUUUUAUUCAUUACCUGCACAGGAUGUUAAGUAAAGAAAAGUCACAGAAGGCACUCUACCAGGGAAAUAAGGCAGUAUUUGAAUCACAAGAUAUAUUUUUUAUUAUCUGCUACCAUGGAUUCAAUGAUCUGUAGAGCUUUUUCACGCAUUAGCUGUCAGGGUAUGAAGGACUGACAGCCUGUAAAGAUGAAGAUAUUUAUAUUUUUGUAUAGUUGUUUUGAUAGAUUCUCAAAGGCUGAAGUUUUCAACCUAGAAGAUGAGAUUUGUAUUGAGUAUAGAAAUGUUUCCUAUCUAGUUUGUAAAUAAUCAUGGUGCACUUGAGGGGUCUCUUGGGAACUCCCGGGGGCAAGAAUCACUAUUCUGAAAAUGUAUAGACUGGGAUUUAGCUGCUACAUUUUGCCUUUCUUAAAUAAUUAUAUUUUGGAAUGUAACCCAUGUUCUGUCUUCAUUGACAGGAUUUGCUUGUGUUGUUAAACACUAACACAAGAGCUUCCAGUGCCUGGGCUGUGCCUGGGUGAUGCUAUAUCUUCUACAUCCCUUGCCUUCUUUAUCCCAAAUCCCACUCAGUGUAUCUUUAGACCUAGGUUGUGAGACCAACUUUGGAAUGAUUCUAGCCAGUAAAUUACUACUUUCAUGGUUGGUUCCCUUUCUAGUAACUCUUGUAAUCAACAGAUGAAAAAGGGUGGAAAUUUUUCCUCUGCAAAUUGCAGUGGGAGCAAAUUCUUUGUUUUGUGCUACUUGCCUUUCUACACCUUGCUCAUCCAGCAUUCAACUUUCCCUCCUCUAAGGUUACUGAAGAAGCUUGAAGUAGGUAAUGAGUGCUUCUCAUUAUCCUUCCCACUCCCCUCUACCCAGCAGAUUUCAUUCAUGCCUUAGCCAAGGAGUCCAGCACCUGUCUUCCCUGCUAAUAAUUGUCCUUGGAGAUGCUAGUACUUCAAUCUAAGUAUAGCAGUUUCCCAUUAUUUUCUUGCUCAUCUUGUCCUCACAUUUCCUCCUGACUUCCCAAAGCUCUUGUUAUGCCUUUUGAGAGUCAGCCAAGGAACAGGCAAGUGAGUGAAGAAUCCUCAGGAAAAGAAGGACCAUUCUGCAUCUGAACACUGUUCCCUUUUUUAUAGACAAACAGGUAGUAGUCAGUUCUUGAUGGAAAGAUAUUUGACUAUUUAUGAGAGUUGUAAUAAGAUGGAAAUAAGAGGUAAUUUCUGGUAUUCAAAAAAGGCUGCAGAUGUCAUUACAAAUCCCCAAGAUCAUGGUGUUUUUAAGACCUUUUAGAAUUAAGAAGAUAUCAGGGCUAUUUUGAGGUGGGCUCAGUCUUCAGAACAAUCCUGAAGUUUGACAGAAACUUAAAAAAAUCCAAACCCUUUAACCUUACCCCAGGAGAAGCUGAUCUAUGAAAAUUACAUGUGUGAUUAUGAAAGAUGUUGAGCAAGAGAAGUUGAGGAAUUUGGAGAAUAGUGAGCUCUCACCCUAACUCUAUAAGAAGCAUGAUCUCAGUAGCCCAAUAAUUCGCCUUUUUAUACAUCUGUAAAUAAAUGGAAUGUUUUUAAGAAUAUAAUUAUGUCAGAUUUAGCCUUUUCUUUUAUAUAUUAAAUAUAUAUCUUUCCUUUUCUGCUUUUGAAAAAUGACUAUUUUUUUAGAAACCCAAGAACAGAAGAAGUUUGGCGAGUGGAAGGCAGAAUGUGUGAACUUGAAAGAAAUAAAUCAGUUAUAAUAAUUAAA